CACAGUAUUUGACGUGUCCUCAGCAGCAGGACACGACAGGACACACGGAGCAGAACACGUCAGGUCUCCAGUAAAAGCAGUGAGUGAGUGAGUGAGUGAGUGAGUGAUUAAUUAUCCGCUCACACACCUCCUUACUCUUCCCGGUGCAAACUUUCGCUGAAUAUCAAAACCUGACUGAGAAACGUUAAAAUAUGCAGCUCAACGAGACACCGAACUGUGUCCCCGCGUGAAAACCAAACUAAACUCCGUGGACAAAGUGCGGUUGAACAGUCCGGGAUGGACGGCUCCGGCUCCGGCUCCGGUGCUGCUGCUGCUGCCCGCCUGUCGUCGAACUCGAGACCGUGUGUCGGCGCAGUUUCGGCGGACGAACACGGAGCUCCGGGUCCGGUGCCCGUGAAGAAACAAGCCGUGAAGAGGCACCACCACCGGCACAACCUGAAGCACAGGUACGAGUUCCUGGAGACGCUCGGGAAAGGAACGUACGGCAAAGUGAAGAAGGCCAAGGAGAGGUCCGGCAGACUGGUUGCCAUAAAGUCCAUCAGAAAGGAGAAGGUCAAGGAUGAGCAAGACCUGGUUCACAUUCGCAGGGAGAUUGAGAUCAUGUCGUCGCUCUGCCACCCGCACAUCAUCACCAUAUACGAAGUGUUUGAAAACAAGGACAAGAUUGUGAUCGUGAUGGAGUACGCCAGCCAAGGAGACCUGUACGACUACAUCUGUGACAAGAAGCGCAUCUCUGAACGGGAGACCCGGCACUUCUUCAGACAGAUUGUGUCGGCGGUGCACUACUGUCACCAGAAUGGAAUAGUUCACCGGGACCUGAAACUGGAGAAUAUUUUACUAGAUGGCAGCGGGAAUGUUAAGAUCGCAGACUUCGGCCUGUCGAACCUCUACCACGGCGACGAGUUCCUCCAAACCUUCUGUGGGAGCCCCUUGUACGCUUCCCCCGAGAUCGUCAACGGACGCCCGUACCGCGGGCCAGAGGUGGAUACCUGGUCUCUCGGUGUAUUGUUGUAUACACUGGUUCACGGCACCAUGCCAUUUGAUGGAAACAACCACAAAGCACUGGUUCAACAGAUCAGCACCGGAAACUACCGGAAACCCAAUAAACCCUCAGAUGCUUGUGGGCUUAUCCGCUGGAUGCUGAUGGUUAAUCCGGAGCGCAGAGCGACUAUUGAGGAGACUGCAGGACACUGGUGGCUCAACUGGGGUUACCAGCAGCCGCUACUGGCAGAGACAAAGAGCAGCACAACGGAGCAGACCUCGUCGCCGCUCUCCACGUCCACAUCACACCCCGCUGGGAUGGCCAGUGUCGCCAGCUGGCUGCGGCGCACCUCCAGACCUUUGCUGGAGAACGGCUCAAAGAUCCGCUGCCUGCUACGCUCACAGGCCGGCGGAGGGGGGGACGUGGUGCGGCAGCGGUCUCUGCGAAGGUCGCGGAAGGAGAACAACAUUUCCCAGACGUUUCACGAGGGGAGCUCAGACAGUCGCCCCUCCAAAGGUAUUCUGAAGAGGCGCAACAGUGUGAAGCAGAAAGUGACCAAUGAAACCCCGGCUGCGAGUCCAGUAGAGCCUCAGAGCGCUCCGAGUUUGUCGACGCCACCUCACGCCCCUUCAGCUGCGUCGGCUCCGCGCAAGGGAAUCCUGAAGAAGCCCACGGAGCAAGAGUCGGGAUACUUCUCCUCCUCUCCUGAGAACAGCGAGUCCAGCUGGGCACCACAGAUAACCGUGUGUCCUUCAGCACCCACCUAUAAAAAGGGCAUCCUAAAACGAAAUGGCAAGUUCUCUUCUGGCGGCUUGCAGGAGUUUGGCUCUCUAGACCAGCUGGCAGCUUCUCUACCGCACGGCGGCACCAGGUCAAGACCAAGCGGGGCCAUCAGCGAGGACAGCAUUCUGUCCUCGGAGUCCUUUGACCAGCUGGAUCUACCGGAACGGAUGGGAGCGUCGGCAAAAAUGAAUAAACCGGGCAAGGCGAGCAUGAAGGGAAGUGUGUCUGCUGACAACCUGCUGGACAUUCAAGAGGAUGGGAUUCUUGGGGACGGGCUGCUGGGGCCCUGGAACCGCUGCUACGAGUCCGGAGUGGCCGACAGUGCUUUCUCCAUCACCGACUGUGAUAAUGUAACAGAGGCGUACAAACAGGCCAUGGUUAUACGCGGCUCUGCAGCAAGCUAAAGACCAGCGGGCUAAAGACCAGCGGGCUAAAGACCAGCGGGCUAAAGACCAGCGGGCUAAAGACCAGCAGGCUAAAGACUUGUGUUUUUUUUUAAUCCAGUAUUUUUAAGUGACUGUAAACUACUGACGACGUGAGAGAGCCAAAGUGCAUCGCGUCAAGCGAUCGAUCAGUGUGCUGACUCAUUUUGGUUAAUUUAAAAUAAUUGCACAGCACCAAAAAAAAGGGAGGGGCCUUCUUGCUCAACAAUAGAUUGUAUUUUUUAAGAUGGUGAAUGAUAAAUGGUUUGCCUUUGAAAGCUUCUCAGGAGAGGAGGUCUGCUGUGAAUCAAUCAGGAACUUGUACUUUUCACUUUUCAAGUGUAUGUUUUGAGGAAAUGCACGUUGUAACCAAAACACAGGACAUAUUACUUGAGUGAAACAUAUUUAGAAAAUUGUCAUUGCCUUGUUUACAAGGACAGAAUACUCUUGACAAAGUGCAGUGUUCUUUUUGACUUUAUGAAAGUUGAUCAUCUCAACAACAGCAAUAACACAGGUUUAAUGUUUUUGGAUCCUUCAUGUACCAUGUAUGCCAGAUUUUACUGAGGUUUUUAGGAUGUGGGGGGAAAGUGGCAUUUCACGGAUACCAAAGAACUAAUGUUAUUGGAUGUUUUUUUUUUUCUCUCCAUUUUUACUUUAAACUACUCGGAGAGAAUGUGCCAAGCGAACGGCGUCUUGUUCGUUGCAGGGACUUCGUCUCUCAACGAGUGGUUUAUGUUUGAUUGUUUUUCCUCUUUCUCUGGAUGAGGUGGAUAAUGACUUGAAUAAUAAUCAUGACACAUAAGAGAAGAGUCACAACAUGAACAACUCGUAGAACCUGCUUUUGUCUACACAGGUGGCCACUGUGUGUGUGUGUGUGUGUGUGUGUGCGUACAGGUGGCAGUUUCACUGGAAAGGUGGGGCCAAUUAACAAACAUGAAGGUCACAUGAAGUUGAACUUUGGAAGAAAAAAAACCUGCCAACUUGUGUAUGAUUAUGAACUCUGAGCUCCUUUUACGCUGCAUGUAAGUGGUGCAGACUCGAUGUGCAACCUUUCAACUCAGUUUUGAACGUCUGCCAUGGAGCUCAGGAGAGAUUAAACAUUGGAAAUGAAAGAAACACCCAUCUAUGCUGCAGUUGAACAGGUAAAGUAGAGAUAUACUCCGAUUCAUGUUUAAUGAAAUCCCCCCCGGUGGUCAGAUAUGGUUACAUCAGUAGGCUGUUUUGUUUUCUGAUGAAAUGUCAGUGUUUAAUCAGGCUACUUGAUCAUCAUGCAUUUUUAUUUUAUUUAUCAGCUGUCAUGUUUUCAAGUAUUAAGGUCGGAUAAAAAAAAAAAGUUGCACAUGCUUUAAACUGGAACCUUUUUGUUUACACAUGUAAACUAGAAAGACCUGAAUCCAUACUGGAAUGUGGGGACUGAACUCCUUAUCAUUGAUAACUGGUUUAUGUGUGACACAGGGAAACGGAGUCGGUCUGUACACCUUUUUUUGUACAAUUUAAUAUGCAUCUGACUCUGUUAAUUUUUUUUUUUGGAACUGCAAUAGAAAUAUUCUUUGCCAAAGUCGUCUGGUUUAUCAUUAAAUGACCAUGUGAUCGACCGUGCUGUUGUGAUCGGUAUGAGGAAAUCGAAACUCAAUUAAAAAAAACAAAACCAACAAGAACUCAA